GCCAUCACUCGCUUCAUCGCCUCCACCACAACUCCCAACGCCGGCCAUGUCGCCAUAGAAACUAUCUCCGACGGCUUCGACGAUGCCGGCUUCGCUUCCGCCCCCACCAUCACCGACUACCUCACAAGCCUCGAAUCAGUCGGUUCUCAGACCUUAGACGACCUUCUCAGCUCGCUCGCCGGGAGAGGCCGGCCGGUGUCCCUACUUGUCUACGACGCCUUUCUUCCGUGGGCAGUUGAUGUCGCGAGGCGGCACGGGGUGGCCACGGCGGCAUUCUUCACGCAGUCGGCGGCUGUCGAAGUUAUAUACUGCCACGCGUGGGAGGGGAGGCUGAAGUUUCCACCGGGAGAGGUGGUGGAGAAGUUGCCGGGGUUGCCGGAGAUGGAGGCGGAAGAUCUGCCGUCGUUUCUGGCGGCGCCUCAGGUGUUAUAUGGCGCUUACUUGGAGAUGGUGUUGAAACAGUAUAAGAACUUGGAGGAAGCUGACAUAAUGCUUAUUAACUCAUUCUAUGAGUUGGAAGCUGAGGUAAGUGAAAUUUGGCCAUUUCUCGUGUUAAAAUAA